CUAUGUGCUGCUGGUGGGGAUACGGGGAUACUCACAGUGACAGUAAGGAUAGUCAAACAGCAAGUGGCGGAGCAACUCAAGGAGGACCUGCCUAAAGAGUGGUUUUAUAAUGAAAAUGCCUUUGAAUAUUCUCCAAUAAGAAGAAAGGCGAUCUUUUACAAACCAAAGGUUUUUGGCGGUUGUGAUUCGAGUUAGGUUACAUUCCAUGACCACGCCUUCUCUUGGAAGUGAACCAAUUCUAACACAUCCCAAUUGACAAUGGACACGUUGAACAUGGAAAAUAGUGAACAUACGGUUGCAGUGACACACUUUAUAAAUCCCCAUCUUUUCUGGUAUCGUAAAAUUGGUGGUCCAGAUGACAAUUUUCACAUACUCACAUUACUGGAAGAGCGAUUACAAACUCUGUACAGAUGUAAACCGGCCAUUGAUCGGUGUCGCCUUGAUGUGGGCGACAUAGUUGCUGUUAAUUUUGUAGUUUGGAAUAAAUACAUUAGAGCUGAAAUAUUGCAAAAAGGAGAACUGCAACAGGAAGAGUACAUUGUUUGGGCCAUAGAUUAUGGCUUUCCAUUACUAAGCAAAAGGGAGCAUUUACGUUAUCUGCCAGAAGCACUGGCCAAUCGAAUCGGUCACAUAUAUCGUGGUGGCGUGGCCAACAUUCAGCCAGCAGUUCUUGAUUAUGAUCACAUCGAAAGUAAUCUGGUUAUGGCAAAGCAGGAUGAAUGGUUGCAAAGAUCCUGUGAUAUGUUUGAAAAACUGUUGUCCGAUGCCUCAUGUAUUGUUUUUGUCGAAAAAUUUCAGACGGCCAAUGAUCAUCAUUGGGGCGAAUUAAUUAUCUCGAAUCAUAAGGGAAACAAAUUUAAUGCUCACACCUAUUUACAAGCGGCCAAAUUUGCCAUUGAUGUGGAUCCACAAUUGUUUCCUAAAAUGUGUGUUAAGCUCAAAACGACCAGUAUUGCACCUUGGCUUUCAAACAAUCGUAACUCUAAAUUUAAAAUCAAUUCCAUAAAACAUAACAUGGCCGAACAUAGUAAUAAAAUGAAUUCGGCCAUUAUUGAUGAAUGUGCCAAACGUAAAGUCGAGGAUUGGUGUGCCAGAAAUGCCCUGGUUCAAGUGGCAAAUGAUGUGAGUUCCUCCACAGAACACUUGGAGUCAUCGGGAGCUGAAAGUGGGCAUGAUCAUAACAUUGAUGAUAUAACAUUUGAUGAUUCCGUAUCGGUGAUACAUGAAAAGAACAGAAAAGAUGCAAAAUAUGCGGCCAAAAUUGCCAAUCAUCAUCAUGAACACAAACGAAACAAUACUGGCGACGAGCAAGCCAUUAACUUUUUAGGCAAAGCGGGCAAACUUACCAAGCUGAAGCAGCAAAAAUACUCCAAACAUAAUUUACCACCGCAAGCCGAAUCCCAGGCAUUUGCUAUGAAUAUACGAGAUCGUGAUGAAAUCGAAUUUAAUGAAACAUUUAAUUUGAAAGCUCCUAAACCCGCCGUUUCGGCUCCAACAAUAAUCUCCUCGGCAUCAGGUUCCACAAAUGCCUCUACUCGUAUGCGUCGAUUGGCUGAUGUUCGCAUGGAACAAGCACGCGAAGCCAAAAGACAACAACAGAAACAUAAGCCAGUUGCAUCCGAUUUUGUAAAUCAGAAUCCUCCCAAUUCUGUAGUAUCAGGUGGCGUUAGCACUGAUGAUGGUGGUGAUAGUGUGGUCUCAAUACGUCAACAAAGACUUGUUGAUUUACGUAAAAAAUAUUCUCAGCGGGAAGAAGAAACCAAAUCGAUAUCUUUAUGUGAGCAAAAGAUUGCAUCGUCCACUGCACCUGCACCUCCAGCGUCAAGUUCAGCAUCUGGUGUUCGCACAAUCAGUUCUCGGACACAGCGUUUACUUGGCAUGCGCCAGAAGUACCAGCUACAUGAUUCAACACAUUCCAUUGAAAGUCCGUCAACCAUAAAUAAAUAUGAACUACUUGAACAGUCUACAACCGGCAUGGAGGAUUCGAAUUUAGACAAAACACAAGACACCCAGGACUCUUCGGCAGGAAAUAUUUACAGUAAGCUAUUUGGUGAAAUGGAAGCUAAAUUGCUACCAUCAUCAGUAAAUACCACCACCGACAAUUCCUUGAUAGAGGCAAUGACCAGUUGCAAGCUUGAAGAACAUGUUCCCAAAGAUAAAGCCACUUUUGAUAUAUUCAAAGCAAUUGAUUCUAAAACAAAACCAAAGACUUCCAGGAUUAGUAGUGAUAAGGAAUCUCAAAGUGCCUAUGAUGGUUUGACCUUGGUCCCAGCCGGUUUUGAUAUAACCCGUUUACAGAAAUAUCGUGAUGAGGAAAACCACUGGCACCGCAAGAAGAGUACACGUCAUGAAACUAUACCACAUGACGAUCAAACGGUAUCAUCCUCUGAAGAGUUUUUAAUCCAUAAUGAUUCUAGACUGGAUCAAAGUGGUUCUUCAUCCGAUUUCUUUCAAAUAAAACCACCAGCUGUAAAGCAAAACUCUACGCACAACUCGAAACGUUUAACACGUCCUGUAGCUGGUAUACAGCGUAGAGAGAAGCCAAACGAAGGGCAAGAGAAGGCAAAUAUUCUAGAUCAAUCUAUACCCAGCAUUGUCGACACCGAGAAUCUCAUAAAACCUGUGAAAUGUUCCCAGCAACUGGAAUCAAAACCGAAAAGAAAGAACAGCUUUAAUGGCACAUAUAAUGCCUAUGAUUCCCUUCAUGCCAGUGAAAUAUCGACCUCUUCCACCACCAACUCCACGGUCAACAGUGAAAAGCAUCUUAAACGUAAACUGCAACAUCAUCAUCAUCGCCAAUUGAAAUCACCCGAAACUCAAAUUUCCAAAAUCGAUGAAAUUUUGCAACAGCAUUUCUUGGAGAAGGAACGUGGCAAUACGAAUAUUCUAGAUUUAAAGAAUAGCAUCACAAGUCCACAACGAUCACAAAUAUCCUCCUCUGCGGCGUCUAUGUCACAUAGAGAUAACAUAUAUGAAAAACACUCAAACACCCACACGUCAUCCUCGUCAAGCGAAUCGUUCAUGGAUAAAUUGAACCUCUCCAAUUCCUCUCUGAAGAAUAGCGAAAAAAAUCUCUUGUCCAUGGGAAAAUCCCCGGAAAAUAAACACAUGAAGAACAUAUACAAUUAUAAUACUCUAUUGGAAGUAAAACGCACCGAACAUUUGCCCAUAAUUGAAGGAGAAAUUGCAAUGCAAACCAAAUUUAUUGAUCAUUUGGUAUUGGCCCAUUCCAGUGUACCGUUGGAGCCAAUAGAAAAUGUGGCCGAAGCUCCGUUUUUAUCUGAAAUCUAUGAAGAAAUGAGAAAUAUGCGUGUCAACAAGGUCUAUCGCAUUCAAGUGUACUCCUGGUCCCAUGUGCUGAGAGGUAAUUCUUUGUUUGUGGUAAAUCCAGCCCGAAGUGGCAAAACAUGGUCAUAUCUGCCAGCAUUGUGCAGUGUGGUAAGUGGUCGUUAUCAAAGAAUCAAGGAUUCAUACGGUCCUGUGGCCAUUAUUUUGGUGGCCUCCUCCAAACAUGUGGAGUCUGUUAAUGGCUAUUGUCGACGUUUGAUGAGUGGUCUAAAAUCCGAAGCUCCCAGCUGUGUACCCUCCUAUGGAAUGCGAAAUUUUAUCGACACUAAAGUGCAACUGCUCAAUGGCUGUGGCAUUCUAAUUGCCACACCUUCGUCACUUUUGCGUCUACUGCGGGACAACAGCAAUGAACCACUGUUCGACAGUGAACGUUUAGAACACAUUGUAAUCGACGACAUGGACAUAAUGUUAUCACGUUCCCAUGAAGAUUUUGAAUCGGCCGUUCGCAUUGUCUUUAAAUUAUGUAGAAAAUCCAAAUAUAAAACCCUGAGACCACAACUGAUAGUUACCUCACGCGAUUGGGAUGGUGUAAUGAUACGUUUAAUAAGAAAAUCAAAUCAACCUUUAUUGCUGAUCGGUGAUUUCCUUGAGGCUGCUGUUUAUGGUCGUGCCGGACUAUCGGUUAAAUUGAAAUCUAGUCAAGAAAAGAAUGACACAAUUUUCCGUUUUAUUAAGAAAACCACCGAAAGUCUGGAGGGAGAUUUGGAACAUGGCCGCAUGCUAAUCAUGUGCAAUAGCGACGAAGAUGUGCAAACAGUUGUGCAAUUUAUAACAGAAUGUGGUUACCCAUGCCUGCCGUACUACAAUCGUUCGACGGAUAGUGAACAAGCCACCGUCGAUGAAUGGAAAAAUAAGGUUUCUUCGCAAAUCCUUGUCUGCACCGAUGCUCGUUUUCCCGAGCUAAAAAUUCAAAACGUCUACCAUCUUAUACAUUAUUCAAUGCCCACAUCUUGGACACAAUUUACAACCAGAUUCUCAGCUUUGGCACAGACCUACGAUAAUUUUGUAUCGAAAAAAUUCGAAGAGGCCCCUCUGCUAGCAACUGCCAGCAACACCACCAGAUCAUUGGACGUGUCAGCACAUUCAAUGAUCUUACUUGACGAAGACAAUAGCUUACAAUUGCCGCGCUUGGUAGACUUUUUGCGUAAACACAAUCAGGCGGUGCAUUCAGAUAUUUUGGCUGUAUCAAAACGAGUCCUCAUCGAACGGGAAGAAUCACGGCUUUGCAAGGGAAUUUUGCUGUGUCCUCAACUGCUGGAAUUUGGCGAAUGUGAUGACACACGCUGUGAUAAACGUCAUGAAUUGACACGAUUCGAUGUGGUUGAUGAGAGAGAAGAUAUACCAACUGAGGGAGAAAUGAGGAUACAUAUUUUAAAGGUAUUUUCCCCAACCCACUACGCCGCCCGCCUAUUGCUGCACAAGCCUCCAAACUCCACAAAAUGGCGAGAAAUUCGCCGUUCUGGUGAAAAUUUAACAUUUUCCGUACAAAUGGAUCAGCAUUAUCGCAACGAGGAAAAUCUUGCUCUACAUUGGCCACCGCAUAUCAAUGAUUUGUGUAUGUACAAAUAUGGUGACAACUUCCGUAGGGCUCUCAUUCUGGAAGCCCCAGACUUGGUCGGGAGGAAUGUGAACAUAGUACAAGCUAAUCUAAAAGUUACCCUAAAGCUAGUCGAUGUUGGCAUAGUCAUAAAUUCGGUCAAGUGCAGUGAACUUUUUAUCUGCGACGAUAAAUUUAAGGAGUUUCCCCACCAAGCCAUCGAUAUACGACUAAUGAAUGUUGUGCCAUUCGAUAAUGAACGUACCUGGGAUUCGAAGACAACAAAACAAGUACAAAAUUGGAUUAUGGAUGAAAUCAAAGCGGAUCAUGUUGUCCAGGUGGGCGUUACAUUUGCCCUGGCCCAAACAAUAUGGGUUAACAAUUUGGUGGUAAUGGAAAAACUAUCUACCCUGGGCACUUAUAGGCCUUACGUUAAUUUGAAAUUGUCGCUGAUAAAGAGAAAUUUUGCCCUGCCCAGCAAGGGUGAAAGGAAACAUGUGCGUGAUAUUGCCCUGGAGUAUGGCCUACUGAAGCCCAGCAGCAAUGGUGUGAGUUGUGAGACAUCCAAUAUUAUUGACACAUCUUUGGAGGACUAUGAAUCGUGUCAAAGUGAUUUGAUAAAGUUUUCCUCAUCGAAUGGUGAUGCUUUAACAAAUACCAGUAUGGAGUCUUUUAAAAAUAAUUCGUUAGAGGUGUCGGAGAAGGGGGAGCAAUCAGUACCUAAGGAAAAACAGAAACAAGACAAAAGUGCCUCUGAAAAGGAAAUAAACCCAUCGAAAGCAACCAAAUCUAAUGGUAAUGAGGAAAAUUGGGAUGAAUUACAAUGUGAUGAUCCGGUUGAGGGUAAAGAAAGAGGAGAGAUUUAUUUGCCCCUAACAACGGCAUCACCAGCUAGUGGAAAACCUGAAACCAAACAAGAAUCAUGGUCACAGUUGCCAUUAAAUGAUUUAACCAAAGUCGAAAUUGGAGAUGAGGGUGAAAAUGGCAAUUGGGAAAAUAUUUUUCUUCAAAUCAUCGAUAAGAAACACAUGGCCAUGUUUGAUGAUCUUGUCGAGCUAAUCAACCGACAUGUGUCAAACUUAAAAGCCCAAGCUGAGAAAGAGCCACCUAAACGAAUUUAUGAUUUUGAGCCGCUUCAUAAUUGUAUUGUCAAAUACGAUAAUAUGUAUCUAAGAGCCAAGGUGCAUGGUGUAUUUGGCACCAGUGUUAAGAAACGUCUAUACCGAUUCUUCCUCUGUGACUAUGCAUGUUUUACCAAUGCCAAAUCAAAUGAGUUGUACAAUGAUUUUCUCUAUGAAACCACGGACGAAAUUGUCAGCUUUAUACCAUAUCAAGCGGUACAUUGCACAUUGGCUGGCAUACAACUGGAUCGUUUUGCCAAGAGGUAUAAGGUGACGAAAGAAUAUCUAUAUGCCUGUGCAGUGGAGCAGAGAACAGCGGAGGAAAAAAUGUCAUUGAGUUUAAACAACCUGAACAUUUAUUCCUAUAAAAUACUCCUUUACGAAUGUGAGAAAUCAAGUGAUUUUUCCAAUGCUGAAAUGUUUAAUCGCACUCUUGUCGACAAGGGCAUAACUUCGGUGGACGAGAAUGACAAACAUUAUUUGAAAUACAAAUUAUGUUUAGACGAUGAUGAUGAUAAUGAUGCCAAUGGGGAAGAGAUUAAAGCUCAACAAGUUAACACAUCCCAGGCAAAUACUUCAAGUAGCAGUGACAUUAGUGAGGUCUAUACAUUUGAACAAUUAAUAGAAUGUAUUGAAAAAUCCCAUGAACUCGACAAAUUGGAUAAUAAUCUGUUGGAUGAGGCCACCACCGCUCAAGUAUUGGAAGAAAUAAAAGAAUGCACAAUAGAAGAAGUGAAAGAAGAAGCAGACAAAAACAAAAUAUCAUCCAAACAGGACAGCCCAUUGACGACUAAGAAACCCCCUCAAAUCCACAGCGAAUUGGACGAUGAUGAGGAGGAUCAUUGUACCACAGAAGAUGAUUCGGAUAACAAGAAAUCAUCAGCUUCCAUUACCUCCUCAAAUGAUGAUUCCUACAUAAAAACCCCACCACCAAUAUUAAAAGCCUUAUAUAAACGUCCCAUGACCACAUGGUAUGAAACAGAUUGUUUAAUUUUCAUAUCAAUAUAUGCACCUGAUAUUGUAGAUUAUAAUCUAGAAGUUACACAAAAAACCGUCUAUUUGCAUACGUCAAUUCAAGGUGAAGAAUAUGUAGUCUUCCUACACCUGCUGGGAUCCAUUGAUCCGCAACAGGUUUCUCAUGAAAUCAAAGGUUUAAAUGUCAUAAUACGUUUGGUAAAAAACGUAUUUGUACCAUGGCCCCGCCUUCUACAGGAAUCGACAAAAUAUUCCUGGUUGAAAUUCAAUUACAAUGCAAUAGCUUCCUCGGAAUUGGAAUACAUUAUGCCGCAGCAGCGUUUGCAAGCAAUUCUAGAGAAUACACCCAACAUUGAUGAAUCGCGUAUAUACGAUGAACUGGAUUCGGACGACAGUGAAAAGGAUCGAUUUCAAACGUUUAAUCCCAUCGAAACUAACGCUGACGACUACGAUCCCUUUUCAAUAUAAAAUACUAAUUUUAUUAAAGAACCAUUGUUUUAAGUUCCUUGUAAAUGUAAAGAAUAUUAUCUUACUUUUAUGAUAUUUUAAAAAAGAAUAUGGAUUAUUUGUUUUUGUUUUUUAUUGAUUGAUAUUUUUU